CCCGCGGACGGGCGGUCAGAAGUGAUGCUGGAGUUUUCGCAGAGGGUAAAGCAGAACCGGGCUUGAAGAGGCGGCGAAAGAAACAGAGCUCCCUCUCUUUAGCAGCAACCCCGAGGAAAACCUGAAGCGAGCGUGGAUGCGACAGAAAGCGGCGGCGGACGGUGCAGUGAGUGAACUGAGGCUAUCGGGCAAUGGACCAACAAGGAGCGGCAGCCAGGGAUCGCGGCUGGGCUGUGUGCUUUCAAACUGUCCUCCUCGUACUGGGAUCCAACCUGGCGCUUCAGCACUUCGUCUACGGAAUGGAUUUACCAGAUGAAACUCAGUUGCAGCAGUCCACCCCAGCAUGGAACAGUUCCAGUGAUUCAGAUUAUUAUCUAAUCCUUGAUGAGCCAAUGAAUAAUAUCACAACAUCACUUGGUCAAACAGCAGAGCUGUACUGUAAAGUGUCCGGCAAUCCAGCACCUACCAUCCGAUGGUUAAAGAAUGACGCUCCGGUUGUCCAGGAACCACGGAGGAUAUCCUACCGACUGACUAAUUAUGGCUCCCGUCUCCGAAUACGAAACCUCGACACCACGGAUACAGGUUAUUUCCAGUGUGUGGCUACAAAUGGGCAAAAGUCUGUGUCAACUACAGGCGUGCUUUUUGUCAAAUUUGGGCCCCCACCGACUCCAAAUUCGGGCAAGGCAACACAAGUUACAUUUGAAGAAGAUGGCUUUUGUCAGCCCUACAGGGGCAUUGCCUGUGCGAGGUUCAUUGCCAACAGCAGCAUUUAUGUGGACUCUCUGCAGAUGCAAGGAGAAAUUGAAAACCAAAUCACAGCUGCUUUCACAAUGAUUGGAACCUCGAAUCAUCUAACCGACCGGUGUUCCCAGUUUGCCAUUCCCUCACUCUGUCAUUUUGCAUUCCCAUACUGUGAUGAUACAUCGUCAAUGCCCAAACCUCGUGACCUUUGCAGAGAUGAGUGUGAGAUCCUGGAAAAUGACCUGUGCAAGACUGAAUAUAUCUUCGCCAGAUCAAAUCCUUUGAUCCUAAUGAGACUGAAGCUACCAAACUGUGAAGAUCUCCCCAUGCCAGACAGCCCGGAGGCAGCAAACUGCAUGCGCAUUGGAAUUCCAAUGGCAGAACCUAUAAAUAAGAAUCACAAGUGUUUUAAUAUCAGCGGUAACGAUUACCGUGGCACAGUGAGUGUAACCAAAUCAGGGCGGCAGUGCCAACCAUGGAACUCUCAAUAUCCACACAGUCAUUCUUAUACUGCUGUUAAAUAUCCUGAACUCAAUGGUGGUCAUUCCUAUUGCCGGAACCCAGGAAAUCACAAGGAUGCUCCAUGGUGCUUCACUCUGGAUGAAUCUGUGAAAUUGGAGUUGUGUGAAAUUCCUCUGUGUGAUUCCAAAGAAAACAACAAGAUGGAGAUUCUUUAUAUCCUGGUUCCCAGUGUGGCAAUUCCUCUGGCAAUUGCUCUUUUGUUCUUCUUUAUCUGUAUUUGUCGUAAUAAUCAAAAGUCAUCAACUCCUGUCAUCCAAAGACAGCCAAAACCCGUGCGAGGCCAAAAUGUUGAAAUGUCCAUGCUCAAUGCAUACAAACCAAAGCAGAGCAAAGCUAAGGAGUUGCCUCUUUCUGCCGUUCGCUUUAUGGAAGAGCUAGGGGAAUGUGCUUUCGGAAAAAUCUACAAAGGUCAUCUUUACCUACCAGGAAUGGAUCAUGCGCAACUUGUUGCUAUAAAGACCCUGAAGGACUUUGGUAAUUCUCAGCUUUGGGCAGAGUUCCAGCAGGAGGCAUCCCUGAUGUCGGAACUGCAUCAUCCCAAUGUUGUCUGCUUACUUGGGGUGGUGACACAGGAGCAACCAGUCUGUAUGCUGUUUGAGUAUAUGAACCAUGGUGACCUUCAUGAAUUCCUCAUCAUGCGAUCACCCCACUCUGAUGUUGGAUGCAGCAGCGAUGAAGAUGGUACUGUCAAAUCCAGCCUGGACCAUGCAGAUUUUUUGCACAUCUCCAUACAGGUAGCAGCAGGAAUGGAAUACCUGUCCAGUCAUUUUUUUGUUCACAAGGACCUUGCUGCACGCAACAUCAUUAUUGGAGAGCAACUAAGAGUGAAGAUAUCUGAUCUUGGCCUUUCAAGAGAAAUAUAUGCAGCUGAUUAUUACAGGGUACAGAAUAAAUCCCUCCUCCCGAUUCGAUGGAUGCCUCCGGAAGCUAUACUGUUUGGGAAGUUCUCUAGUGACUCAGAUAUUUGGUCUUUUGGUGUGGUGCUAUGGGAGAUUUUUAGUUUUGGGCUGCAACCAUAUUAUGGGUUUUCUAAUCAAGAGGUGAUAGAAAUGAUACGGAAGAGGCAGUUACUCCCAUGCCCAGAAGACUGCCCCCCUAGAAUGUAUGAUUUAAUGACAGAAACCUGGCAUGAGAUCCCAGCCAGAAGACCACGAUUUAAGGAUAUUCAUGCCAGGCUUAGAUCCUGGGAAGGACUAUCGAGCCAUACCAGUUCUACAACGCCAUCUGGUGGGAAUGCCACAACCCAGACGACAUCCCUCAGUGCAAGCCCGGUUAGUAAUCUCAGUAACACAAGGUAUCCAAUUCAUAUAUAUCAAGCACAGGGCCUACCCCAGGGCCAGAUUGGUGGUCUAAUAGGCCCACAAAUAGCCCAGCAUCAGAGAUUCAUUCAAGUUAACAGUUAUCCGGUGCCUGCGGGAUACGCUGCCUAUCCAGCUACCCACUACCAGCAAGGGCCACCACGAAUCAUUCCACAUGGUCCACCACCGAAGAGCCGGUCACCUAGCAGCGGAAGUGGAUCAACAAGCACUGGCCAUGUGACAAGCUUGCCUUCCUCAGGAUCAAAUCAUGAUGCAAACACUCCAUUGCUAUCUCAUCAUCUAUCCAUGGCAAACCAUCCAAGUGGAACUAGUGUGCCAAUCUUUGCACACAUAUCCCAUAAAACAAUGCAAAUGGACCCAAUACAGGCUACACUACUGGGGGACAGUGAUGGCCAACUGGCAAAUGAGUCUGUUAUUAGAGCUGAAAUGUAAAAAAAAAUACAUAAAUAUAUAUAUAAAUAUAUAUUCUUAGAAUUUGUUUCAACAAUUUUUAUAAUUGUGUAUAAUCUGAUUUUAGAAAGAAAAUAGGGAACAAAACAAAGAGUUAUAUACCUGAUAACACAGCUCAUCUAGUCUGUUAGCAACAUAGUAUUCUGGUCCUGACUAAACAGCAAUGGAUGCCUUCUACACUUUUUUUUUCCUUGUUUGCUCCCUUUGUGUUCUAAAUACUGAUUUUUGCUGGGUUGCAUGUUCGAUAUCAGCAACUAUCCUGUACCUCUUCCAAGUGGCCUUUCUUCCAGGGUAAGCCUUCACUCGAUUGAUGGGCUGCUCAUUGUUGAAGGACACCAUUGCUGUACCCUAUGCAGACCUUUCUGAUGUUAAGAUGCACACUGGCCUUUCAACAAGAGUCACUGAAUUGUGAUCUGCAGCUGAUCAACACUUACCCUCCCUUUGCCAAUAUAGAAUGCUGAGACAAGUUGUAGUUACCCAGGUACUGGCCUGGAUGAGAUUUUGUGCAGCCAGAAAAUGUAAGGAGCUAAGGACCUUCAUGUCUGUAAAUUUCUGUAUUACACAGGGCAGUGUCUUUUAGUGUAUAGACUAUUUGGAAGCUGCACCAAAUUUUUUUUUACUUAAUGACUUUUUUCCGAUAUUUGUUAUUCUAUGAACAGAAUCCACAUGUAACCAUAAAAGUGUUUAAGUUAUGUGGUUUAAUUUUAAAAAACCUGCAUAACUAGUAGCAAGUAAGAUAUUUCAUAGAAAAAUCCUACUUUUUUAUGAAAAUGCAACAAGUAGAAUUCUGCAGUUUUCUUAAACAAAAUCAACACUUUGAAAAUAUCUCCUUCUAUAAGCAUAUCUCUGGAAUGUGUAGUUCUUUAUGAUUUCUCCAGCAAGGUUGGAUUUGACUUUUAUUGAAUUCAUAUGUUUUGGGGAAAUGCUAAUGGUGACACAUAAAAGACUACAGUUAUAACAUGUUUGAUUUAAGACACAUAAAUUAGAAUUUUUAAAUUUAUAUAAAUAGUAAGUUUAAAUUUCACUUAUUUGUUGCUAUGCAACUAUUUAAUGUAAAUUGGUCCAACAUGCAAGCUUUGAGAUGACAAUCAACUUUUCUUAUUAGGGAGAUUAUUUUGUGUUUGGGAGCCUGAUUUAGUGAAUAAACUGAGGUGAUAGUGAGGACCAUCACUCUUUAAAACAAUACUCAGUUUGAUGCUAAAAGGAGAGUAUGCCAGGAAAUGUUGCAGCUUCUCAUGAAAAAUGUUGAGGGCAAUUGGUCCUUAAUCUCAUGAAUUGAAACAUCUGGUCAAAAGAUGAUCUCAAUGAGCAUCAACUUACUCCUCUACAAAGAACUGGACACAUUUUUUUCCUGAGCAUGCAAGCUGCCACGUCAUGCAAUCACUGAGGUUGUAUAAAGUUUUUUAAUGAUGAAACACGAACUAUACGAUCAGUUACAACUCGCAGUGUGAUCAGAAUUUGAUUUGUCCUUCUCGCAGACAUUUUCAUUUUCAAAACCACUUCCUGCAAAUAUUUUGUGAUGAGGUGUGCUUUUAUAUUUUCUAUUUUUGAAUAUCUGUUAUGUAUAUUUUACAAAGACACAGUCUGGUUAAUAUGUUUGUAAUGAGAAGACAAGCAUUCAUGGCUAGUACUCAAUGUGGGUUAUGUUGUAACAGGAUUUAUUUCUCCACAAGUGUUUUUGCACAGAUGUUUUUUAAUUGUUUUGUAUGAAG